GCGACCUGUCCUCUGUUCUCCCGAGAAGACUCGUCUGUCGUCUGGCGGUGGUCUGCGCGUCCAUCUUGCCCCAAUAAACUCCGACCCGACAAGCGAACAAGUUAGCGAGUGAGUCUUCCUGUCCGUGAGUCAUUUAUAGUCCUAGUCCUACUGCAGGUAUACAUACCCAAGGACAGACAUCUCUGCAGGCCAGGGACGUAUCUGCAACCAUUGGACCACCACAUAUAAACCCCCGACCAGGAAGUCACCUACUAACUCAUCUUCCUCCUCACAGCCUCCCAUGUCCUCCUCAUCCACCACCAUGGCUUCCUUCGCCCGCAUGGUCAAGGGCCAGGUGCGCCACUACUCCGCGCCGCUGGACAUGGCCAUCCCGGCCUCCAAGCAGAAGUACAUUCCCUCGUCCGGCACCUACCCCAAGGGCUUCUCGGUGUCUGGCACGCACGUGGGCGUGAAAGCCUCCAACACCAAGUUCCCGGAUCUGGCCCUGAUCUCCUCCGAGACACCCUGCUCCGCGGCCGCCGUCUUCACGACCAACAAGUUCCAGGCCGCCCCGGUGCAAGUGAGCCGCAGCACGCUGCAGUCGCGACAGGGCGAGGGUAUCCGGUCCGUAGUGAUCAACUCGGGCUGCGCCAACGCCGUGACCGGUAAAGGCGGGCUCGAGGAUGCCGUGAGCAUGGGCACGAAGGUAGACGAGUGCAACGGACUCACCGACCCCAGCACGCUGGUGAUGAGCACCGGUGUCAUCGGCCAACGCCUCCCAAUCACCAAGAUCCUCUCCAAGAUCCCCACGGCGCACUCGACCCUGAACUCCAACCACAACUCCUGGCUGACCACGGCCCGGGCAAUCUGUACAACGGACACAUUCCCCAAGCUGCUCUCCCAAACAUUCACCCUCCCCUCCUCUCCCGGCCACACCUACAGCCUGGCAGGCAUGACCAAAGGCGCGGGGAUGAUCCACCCGAACAUGGCGACCCUGCUAGGAGUCUUGUGCACCGACGCGCCCAUCGCGCCAUCCAUCCUCCGGCCGCUCCUCCUCCACGCCGUGUCCCGCUCCUUCAACUCGAUCUCCGUCGACGGCGACACCAGCACCAACGACACGAUCGCCAUCCUCGCCAACGGCGCCGCCGGCGGCGUCCCCAUCACCUCCGCCACCUCCCCGGACUACGCCGCCAUGCAAACCGUCCUGACCACUUUCGCACAAUCCCUCUCCCAACUCGUCGUCCGCGACGGCGAAGGCGCCACGAAAUUCGUGACCGUCCGCGUGCAAAACAGCCCGGACUAUGACUCCGCCCGACUGAUCGCAUCGACCAUCGCGCGCUCCCCGCUCGUCAAGACCGCUCUGUACGGCCGCGACGCAAACUGGGGCCGCAUCCUCUGCGCCAUCGGCUACACCCAGGGCGUGAAGGAGGGGGUUGUGGUUCCCGAGCGCACCAGUGUUAGUUUCCGGCCGGUGGACGGCAGCGCCGAGCUGAAGCUGUUGGUCAACGGCGAGCCCGAGCAGGUCGAUGAGGCGCGCGCCAGUGUGAUUCUCCAGGAGGAGGAUCUGGAGAUCGUGGUUGAUUUGGGCGGUCAGGAGGGCGCCGAGGAGGCCGUUUAUUGGUUCUGUGAUUUCAGUCAUGAGUAUGUGACUAUUAAUGGCGAUUAUCGGACUUAGGGAUUUAGUACUCAGUUACAUAGCUAGGUAUGGGGUAUGGGGGAUAAGAGAGAGAGGGCAGGCAGUGAGGGGCUUGUGAGAGAUGGAUGGCGGUUUAUUAUUACUAUUUUUUAGGUUCGCAGUAUAUUUUCGGUAUACCCGCAAUUACAUAGAGCUACUAUCAUA